AUGGAUGAUAAGGCUCGAUCCAAGCCCAUGCGUAACAUCUUAGACCGUCUACUGAAUAACGGACCUUUUGAAGCCAUCAUCUUUGGUGACAAAUGCAUCCUUGAUGAAGCUUGCGAUUUUUUCAUUUCAUUCUUCUCCAAGGGCUUUCCUCUUCACAAGGCGAUCGAAUAUGUCAAAUUGAGGACACCCUUUUGUGUAAAUGAGGUCGACUUGCAGACCUUACUAUGGGAUCGUCGACUCGUUCUUGAGGUUCUUGAGCAGAUUGGUGUGCCCACGCCUAAGCGUUUGACCAUGAGUCGGGAUGGUGGGCCCAUGCUUGAGGACCGUGUUCGUCAAAAGCUGAAGCUGAGAGGCGUGAAUCUGCUCGAAAGAAGGCCUAUCCCAGAAUUCAACAUGAUCGACCAGGACACGAUCCAAAUUGGAGAUCAAAUCAUUACAAAACCAUUUGUAGAAAAACCCGUGUCUGGCGAGGAUCAUAACAUCCACAUAUACUACCAUUCUUCUACCGGAGGAGGAGCAAGACGACUCUUUCGCAAGGUUGGCAACAAGGCUAGCGAAUACGAACCAGAUUUAAAUAUGCCUAGGACGGAGGGGUCGUACAUUUACGAAGAAUUCAUGGAUGUUGAUAACGCUGAAGAUGUCAAAGUAUACACCGUUGGUGACCAGUUCGUACACGCAGAAACAAGAAAAUCUCCUGUUGUGGACGGACUAGUGCGCAGGAACACGGAUGGCAAAGAGAUCCGCUAUGUUACUCAAUUGACUCCAGAGGAGAAAAAGAUGGCUGUAAAUAUUUGCAAGGUCUUCGGUCAACGUGUUUGUGGAUUUGACUUGCUUCGUGUUGGCGGGAAGUCAUAUGUCAUCGAUGUCAACGGCUGGUCUUUUGUCAAAGGCAACAACUAUUACUAUAACAACUGUGCAGCCAUCUUGCAGGAGACCUUCCUAAGGAAUGCUCGACAACGCAAAUUGUCCGAAGUGGUCUUGCCAAAGGAGUUGAGUGUAGAGAAUGCGUGGCGUUUGAAGGCGUUUGUUUCCGUGUUCAGACACGCGGACAGAACCCCCAAACAGAAGAUGAAAUUCUCAUUUAGUUCUGCACCCUUCCGAGAGCUAUUAAAUGGAGGAGGCGAGGAAGUGAUCAUCCGACAGGCUAGAGACCUCAAACUGGUCUCAGCUGCUGCAGAACAAGCGAUGAAGGAAGGGUUGGAGGACACUAACAAGUUGAUGCUGUUGAAGAACAUCUUGGAUAAAAAAUCUAACCUUCCAGGUACCAAAGUCCAGGUCAAGCCUACUAUUACAAAGGAUAGUGAAGGCAACUCGAAGUCAGUAAAGUUAAAGAUAAUUGUCAAGUGGGGUGGAGAGUUCACUCAUGCUGCCAAAUACCAGUCUAGAGACCUUGGUGAUAACCUCCGCAAGGACCUUCUCAUUAUGAAUAAGCAUGUUCUGGAUGAUGUCAAGAUCUUUACGUCUUCGGAGCGUCGUGUUCGUGCAACUGCCGAACUGUUCACACAACGAUUCCUCGACAUUCGUGAGGUUCCAAAGGACAUGCUUUUGAUUCGCAAAGAGAUGCUCGAUGAUAGCAAUGCAGCAAAAGAAAAGACUGAUCUUGUUAAAAAGCAACUUCAUGAUCUCCUUCUACCGGAAAAUGCGGAAGAUAUUCAGAAAUACUGGCCAAAAGAUCAGCAGAUCGACCCAGGACGACUUGUUCAGGACAUGAUUGUUGCGAUGCGGAAACUACGCAAGAUUAUGCGCAAAAAUUUUGAAACUAUGGAUGUGGCCUCUAUACAAAAGACUUGGUGUUGUUACGAAAGCCCCUCCCUCUUCUUGGAGCGCUGGGAGAAGAUCUUUGAGGAAUUUGUAGAUGGAGAAAGAGCUGAUUUUGAUCCGUCCAAGGUCUCGGAGCUGUAUGACUCUUUAAAAUAUGAUGCUCUUCAUAACAGAGUCUUUUUGGAGAGCAUUUUCAAGGAUACGGAUUCAUUUGAUGGUGACAAUAUUGGCGAUACUGAGGGUUUAGGUCCUAUCAAAGAUCUGUAUACUAAAGCAAAAAUCUUGUUUGAUUUUGUAUCUCCUUUGGAGUACGGAAUCAGUGAGGCUGAUCGAUUGGAAAUCGGGUUAUUGACCAGCCUGCCACUGAUCAAACAGAUUGUUGAAGACUUGGAGGCAGCGAAACGAUCAACCACUCCAUGCACACGGCUCUACUUUACUAAAGAAUCACAUGUCCAUACACUGCUCAAUAUCGUAUAUCUGUCAGGCAUCCCCACACGUCUCAGUAAAAAUGAACUUCCUGAGCUUGACUACUUGACACAGAUCACAUUCGAACUAUACGAGCGCAGCGGCUCAAACACGCCUGGAGCUGCUCUACAGUCACCUCAGCCUCGAGAGUAUUCACUCAGGAUUGGAUUUUCGCCGGGUGCUGGAAACUCCAAUAUCCUAGAUUUGCAAAUGGAUUCAAAGCAUUGCCUUUCAGUGAUGCCACGCCGCAAUCUCACUGACCACCUGCCUCUAGAGGCUGCUCUGCGGUACUAUAAGACCCAGGUCGGUAAUCCAAAGUACAAGAGUGUCAACCGCAAGAUCCGAGAAAGUCGCAUGCUGGGACACAAAUUAGUAGUAGCUAAUGAAGGAGAAGAAGAUGCACUCAUCCAUGACGAAGCGCCAUUGAUGGUCUUUGGAUCGCCUGUAGGCUUCAAUGGCGUGGAAACGCAUUUCCCAAAUGGGGCUCACAAUAGCAGCAGCAAUGGUAUCACUGGUAGCAGCGGCGAUGGGGGUACUGGCGCUAGCGCUAUUGCAGCACAGGAAGAGAAUGAUGACAAUACCAUAUCUACGUCUAAAUGA